GCGCCCCUGAGGGGCCACUUUCUAUAGCCCUGCGUCCCCCACCGCGACUCCCACCUCGGCCCCAAGUUCACUUUCAGCCUUCAGAGGCCCCGUGGCCUCCUCACCGUGCUACCCCGGCUCACCAUGCGAGCAAAAACACAUCCCGAGCCCUACGGUCGUGGGGCUUAAACUACGCUGGGGCGACAGGCCAGUGGACUUUGGCCGGUGCCGUGAGUGCUCUGAGGACCGGCCCACGGAGCUGACGCCAAGUAAGGGAGGCCUCUGGUCUGGUCCUUGGGCCCCAGAGGCUCGCCUAGGGAAACGAUAUUUGAGCUGAGCCUUGAGGGACUACGGGAGAAGCAAGUGGGUCUGAUGAGGUCGGUGGAUCCCCUCUACACCUGAGAAGCUCUUUGAGGUCUAGGAUCCAACAAAGAGUUCUGCACUGUGCUUUGCUGAGAUAAGCACUGGGUUUUCAGUGAAACUGGAUUGGAUUCAAAUCUCACCUCUGCCUUCUGUGAAUCUGUGACCUGAGGAACUACCUAGGUCAUACAGUGAUAUUCUUAAGAUGGCCUUGUAGAAACUCAGCAACUGACAGCAAUGGCCCAAGAGUCCUGCAGAUCUGAAGUUAGCAUCCAGAAAUGGUGACCCUUCUAAAACCACUCUCAUUCGAAGGCUCAAUGAUCUCAUCUUUGAAGAUAAGAAGAGGUGGGAUCUCUGGUGACUCGAUUGAAGUCCUCCCUGCCCCCCGAAACCUGCAGAGUACAGAGCUUUUGGAAUAUACACCACCCUGAUAUCAAAGGAAGGAGCCCUGUUGGAGGAAUUGACAUUUCCCCUCUCAUCUCUGGGUUAAUGGAAAGACCUGUAUUCAAAGUCCAGGCACAAAAUAAUACAGGCAUUUACUGGCCAGGUGGGAAUUCGCCAAAACAGAAGCCUGGAUUGGACUGUCAAAGUGACAUCAUGGGAUAAAAGAGAUGGAGCCGUGAAAACAAGAUGAGCCAGAGAUCUGCAAAUGUGAAACACCUGCCCAGAUCAAGAGAAAAAAGUCUUCGUUCAUUGAAACAGGACCAAACGUACACUAUGCUUUGUCAUCACAUGGUUUGCUCAUUACCUUUCAAGUCCUAGCUCAAAGCUCCCCACUCCAAAGGGCCACCUGGACACUGCCUCAGGAGAUUCCAGGAAAGUAAAGGUUGUUUCUCUUCACGUCUGUAUCCUCAGCUCUGUGAUCAUGCUCAGCACAUGAGAAUGGCAAUGGUCUCUGCGAUGCCCUGGGUCCUGUAUUUGUGGAUAAGUGCUUGUGCGAUGCUGCUCUGCCAUGGAUCCCUUCAGCACACUUUCCAGCACCAUCACCUGCGCAGACCAGAAGGAGGGACAUGUGAAGUGAUCGCUGCGCACAGAUGUUGUAAUAAGAACCGCAUUGAGGAGCGAUCGCAAACAGUCAAGUGUUCCUGUCUACCUGGGAAAGUGGCUGGAACAACAAGAAACCGACCUUCCUGUGUCGAUGCCUCCAUAGUGAUUGGGAAAUGGUGGUGUGAGAUGGAACCUUGUCUAGAAGGAGAAGAGUGUAAGACACUCCCUGAUAAUUCCGGAUGGAUGUGUGCUACAGGCAAUAAAAUCAAGACCACAAGAAUUCACCCAAGAACCUAACGGAAGCAUUUGUUAUAGUAAUAAAGGAAAACCUACUCUGUGGAAAAUACAUUUUAAGAAUUUAAAACAUCUUAUACGUUAGAAGCCAAAUGGAUUUCUUAUUUGCACUUUGACUGAUUACCAGAUAAUCACAGUGCUUUUACUGUGUGUCACGAAGUCUCCUAGAGUGAGAAGACCCGGAGUUUUGGGCAACACCAUGGAAAGUGGGUUAAGGAAAAAAAGGGUUUUCUCAAUGCAAAUUUUUGGGAUCACAAAGAAAGAUCAACUGUCUUCUCAUUUGGAUCUAUAGUUCCUUUGUACCAUUUGAAAUAUAUGUAUAUAUAUAAUAUUUUGAAAUAUUAUAUAUUCUCUUCAAAAAAUGAACUGUACCACAGUUUGAGGCGGCUGGUGUACCUCUUUGAGUUUUGGAUGUUUUGUUUUGUUUUGUUGUCAUUUCUUUUUCUAUCGGCAAGGAAAUCACGUGCCCUUUUGAGAGGUCGGCAUGGCACUCACACUGGAAGGCCAGCUACAGGUGGACUCCUGGAAUCUGAGAGAUCAGAACGAUACUGAGUCAAAAGCUUCCUUCUCUUUCUACUAGAUGGCCCAAGGAAGCACAUCGUCCUGUUUUAUUGUUCUCUACCCUGUGCAAUGUUAGCAUGCAAGCUUGGCUUACAUAACCAUACUUUAUAUUCAAGUGGUAUAUAAUAACCGUUCUAACCUCUUCCAGGAAAAUAUUUUUAGAACUACUAGCUUUUCCACAGAUAAGAAAAAUGAGGAUUCUUGAGGGAGCCGCUCCACCAUGCUAUUAAGACUCUGGCAGAGUGAUGGUCAUAUGUGGAUCCCUGUAUUAAGUUCUGUAAAUACAAUGUCUUAAGGCUUUGUAUAGCUGUCCUAGACUGAAGAAAUGUCCUCUGAUUAAAUCCAAAGUCUGACAUCAUUAAUUACAUAGUGCUGUAGCAACAAGUCUUAUCACAGCACAUCUUUCUAUAUUUGAUUUGCUUUUUCCAAGAGUGUUCAGAUCUCUUCUGGUGAGAUGGGAAGACCAUUAAAGAAAUUAGGUUUCAGAAUGACCCUUGUGACCAAAUGUUGGACAGCCCUAUUAAAGUGGUAAAUAACUGCUUUCUAAA